AUGGGUGGAUUUAUUGGGGCUGAUCCUUACCAAUCGCCUACAUUUGGGCAAUCUCUAUCUUUAAGAGUUGAUGGGGGUUUUAAUGCAGUAUCUAUUAAUCCUUCAGGAAGGGAUGUUGUUUUGGCAAGCAGAACAGGGUUGUAUGUGAUUGAUUUAGAUGACCCAUUUUCUCCGCCACGUUGGUUGCAGCAUAUAACUUCAUGGCAAGUUGCUGACGUACAGUGGUCUCCUCAUCCUGCGAAACCAUACUGGGUAAUAUCUACCUCUAACCAAAAAGCGAUGGUUUGGAACCUAGCAAGAAGCUCUCCAAAUGCAAUUGAGCAUGAAUUGCAUGGACACUUUAGGGCUAUAACGGAUAUUAAUUUUCAUCCAAAUCAUCCUGAAAUACUUGCCACAUGUUCUAUUGAUACCUAUGUUCAUGCUUGGGAUAUGAGAAGUCCGCAACGUCCAUAUUACAGUACAAGAGAUCUAACAGCGGGUGCUUCGCAGGUCAAAUGGAACUUCCAAGAUGCCAAUAUUCUAGCAUCUUCCCAUUCCAACAGUGUAUAUAUUUGGGAUGUUCGUAAAGGUUGUACACCAUUGCACCGGUUGGCAGCAGAUGGAAGCAGUGUGAAUAAUAUUGACUUUAAUAGAUUUACGGAAAGUGAGAUUAUGUCCAGUUCAAAUAAUGGAACUGUAAAGUUUUGGGACUAUAAAAAAGAUCCAACCGAUCCACAAUUUACUAUCCAAGCUGAUUUUCCAAUUCGGAGAGGGAGAUAUUUACCAUUUGGUGAAGGCUGUUGUAUAAUGCCAAUGGUUGGCGGGAAUAAUUCUGUAUAUCUAGUGAAUAAUAGCUGGAAAAAAGAACUUAUUGAAGAAAAAAAAUCUAAACUACAGCCUAUAUAUGUUUUCAAAGGUCAUUCAAACAUUGUUACAGAUUUUCUAUGGCGGUGCAGGCACUCCUAUGACAGUUAUACGGAUGAUAGAGAAUUUCAACUGGUCACAUGGUCAAAGGAUUGUAAUUUAAGACUAUGGCCUGUUACUUCUUCUACAUAUGAAAAAGUUAAUUUUGAACCAGGAAAGAGGUUAGAGAAGAAGUUGCCCAACUACGAAUAUGUUACUUUCCGAAAUGAGCCUGAAAAGGUGAAAAGUACCAGCAUUAAUAACUAUAAGGUGAUUCCAGAAACAUUUGUUACGAAUUCAGGGUUCCAAAAUGUGCAGCAGCGAGCUUUGAAUCACCUGUACUGGGUUUCUGGAGUUAAAAUGAACCAGUCCAGUUCCCCACACGAUUUCUUCUCUGAUAGUAAAUUACAAAGUUUAGGUGAGGAAGUCAGUCAAGUUGGACAUAAAUUUAAUAAAAUAGUCUUUGAGAAAAUAUCCGUUUCUACUGGCGAGUUAGUUUUAACCCUCAAUGGACCUUGGGCAGAAGGUGUGACUAGUGAAUACGUUUUUCUUCGAGUUGAAAUCAAUUUCAGUAAAAACUAUCCUUCAAAAGGUAACCCUCCGACUUUUAAGCUGGAGGAAAAUACAGAACUAACAGAUGAAAGGAAAAAUUGGCUUAAUUCACAGUUAGGAGAAAUUUCUAAGAUAUGUUCUGAAGCUGGAAAGUAUUGUCUGGAGCCAUGUUUGAGAUUUCUUUUGGGCGAACAUGUAGAUUUUGAAAUGCUAGAUUCUGAUGACAGCGACGAGCACUUGUUGAACUUGGAUAUAGUUGAUGAGGUGGGUGAUGAUUAUUCAUCAAUUAGACGCUCUGACGACAAACUACAACUUUCGGAUUUAUCUGCAUCGGAGGAUGAGGAUAUAAGUGGUUUAAACGGCAGUACAAUGGAAAAAAAAGAGGUUAUGACUGAUAUCGCAUUUGAUAGUACCCCAGUACCAAAAGGUUGUGGGGCUGUUUGGACAGCUACUGGUCAUUUAUUAUGCUUUUUUGCUGGUGAACCAGAUAGAAAAUCACAUUACGUUUUGUUUGGUGGAAAUAGGACGUACGUUGGUAAUUCAUUGAAAGGGACCAGUCUUGUUUCAAAUAAUGCAGAACAAAUCAGCGAAGGGCUGGGUGCUAAUACGCCUAUUUCAAGACCUAAAAGAUACGUAGAAACUUUAAUGGCAACAUCACAACCUCCAAAUGACUAUUACCACACAGAUAAUGACUCGGAUACUAGUGAAAGUGAUGAUAGUUUCGCGAACGACUGGAAUGACAUACUCAAAAGCGAUAUCACUUUGCGUACCAAGAUGCCAAUAUUUCACGCUCAGUUUAAGAAUCCAAUUAGUGCCACUCACAGUGAAUCUGGUAGAACUAAUGACUCAAAGUUACGGUCAAAAAAUCUAAUUAUAACCAAAGAUUUUACUCAUCUACUUCAAGCUAAGUUUGAGCUUGCUCUAGAAUACAAACUCACUGGUGAUACUAUUGAGAAUCUUGCGCGAUAUAAUAGUGGUGUUGCUGAAAAACAUGGAGAAACGGAAAUAGCCCAAUGCUGGCGUAUGGUGUCCGACUUGUUAAUCUCGAGAGAUACCAAUAACUUCACAAAUUUUGUUUGGGAUGAGCAUCCAUUAGGUGGUCGGUUGUUAGUGAAGGAAAUGAUAGCGUACUUUGAAAAGAAGAAGAAUAUCCAAAUGUUGGCAAUGCUGGCUUGUAUCCUUGUGGAGCCUGUGCGGAGAAGUUAUAACGGUCCUUUAUGUGGAAAUUAUAGUAGGAUGCCAUUAAAAGCUUCGGUUAUGUGUUAUGGGAACUCUUAUAAGACUCAAUUGAUACAUUCCCAAUCACAUGUCUCUAGUGAGCUUUCUGAGACCCCCAACACGACUACUGACAUUACUGUUCAUCGUGUCCCCUCGCGUCAUAAUAUUGACUCUAUAUCAAUUCGUUCCGAUGACUACUUUAGUGCUGCUCACUAUACGCGGAAUUUUUCCGGUUUUAAAUCUCGGUCUUCAAGCGUAUUCCCACCUAAUGACCCAAACCAAGCAUUCCCAAGUAUCACGGUAGAAGUGCUUCACGAUGAUAUACUGGAUAUUGUAGCGGAAAAAGUGCCAUCAUUGCUGGAUCCUGCCUCUGAACCCAAGUUUAGAAGCUAUAGGCGCCAAUAUGCGGAACUCAUGUAUUAUUGGGGUCUUCCAAUGCAUAGAGUCCAAGUACUGAAGUUCAACAUUAAUGAAAAUACUGAGCAGGAAAUCCUAGAUAAACUGGAUAACACUAUGGAUGGAAAUGAAGACCUAUAUGGUGGUAUUAGCUAUGCAUGGUUGCAGGGUUGCAUCAAUACCCACAGGAAUUGUGUCUAUUGUGGACUAAAGGCUGUAAAGCGAAUAUUCGUAUGUGGAAACUGCCAACAUAUUCUCCAUAGCUCGUGCGCAUCGGAAUGGUGGAAAUUUGACAUGGAAUGUCCAUCAGGAUGCGGUUGCAUUUGUCCUAGUAUGUUUAAUAUUCAUUAA